AUGGAUGACAGUCGUAAACUUUAUCGACUACUACGAGAAGAUGAGAAUCCUAUGAUAGAUGGGAUCAGAGCCAAACUUCCGCAGGCACAAGAUACCCCGCUUAAGCAUAUACGCAAUGGAUCAUGCAGAAAAUCUCAAUGGAUUUCAACUUCAAGAUCCUUAUCUUGUAUUGAAAAGUUUAUAAAAUUGAAAAGGAAAAGAGAAGGAAGUUUUACAGUAUGUAGAGUUGUGAUAAUAGAUGAACAAAAGUUAAUGCUUUACUCGGAAUAUUUUCGUCUCAGAAACAUUUUUAGGAGCAUUACCGAAUAUAGAAAAGCCCCAAUUGACACAUUAAUAAAACCGUUGAUUGACGAGCAGACUAUUGGUGAAAUUUUAGACUUUACAGAUCCAAAAAUCAUGGACAAAUAUAUUCCUUCAAAUCCGUCACGACCAAUGAUUAACGACCGAGCUCGCGGUUAUGCUAGGAAAUACGAUGAGGUGCUUGUCGAAAGAUUUAUACCUGCCAGCUGUUGUCUCGACAUUCUUUACAAAUAA